AUGAGCCUUCUAGGAAGGUUAAACUACAUCAACAGAUUUAUCUCUCAACUCACAACAACUUGUGAGCCUAUCUUUAAGUUGUUGAAAAAGAAUGCCACAGUCGAGUGGACCGAAGAAUAUCGAGAAGCUUUUGAAAGAAUUAAGAAUUACCUGUCGAAUCCCCCUGUGUUGGUUCCUCCUGAGCCGGGAAGACCUUUGAUAUUGUAUAUGUCAGUACUGGAUAAUUCUUUUGGUUGCGUACUAGGUCAGCAUGAUGACACUGGGAAGAAAGAGCAGGCCAUUUAUUACCUCAACAAGAAGUUUACCGUUUACAAAGCGAAGCUCGCGAAAUGGCAAAUAUUGCUCACAGAGUUUGACAUUAUCUAUAUAACGCGGACCGCAAUGAAAGCUCAAGCAUUGGCAGAUCAUUUGGCAGAGAACCCUAUUGAUGAAGAAUAUGAACCACUUAAAACCUAUUUUCCAGAUGAAGAUAUAUCUUGUAUCAAUGAAGUUAUUCACGAUAAUGAUCAAGGUUGGAAGUUAUUCUUUGAUGGUGCCUCUAACAGGAAAGGAGUUGGAAUAGGAGUUGUUCUUAUGUCUGAAUCGGGGGAAUUUUACCCUAUAUCAUUCCAACUUAGAUUCUAUUGUACUAAUAAUAUGUCUGAGUACGAAGCGUGUAUUUUGGGUUUGAGGUUAGCUGUUGAAAUGGGCAUCCGAGAAUUGUUAGUGUUAGGAGACUCAGACUUACUAGUUCAUCAAAUUCAAGGAGAAUGA